AUGGAUGAGGCCCCUCAGAAAUUGCUCGCCAAUCAGCAGGCCAAUCGCAACUGGUGGUGUCACAUGCACCUCAGCCCCACCACCGAAAAUCCUGGAAUCGAACACGAGCUGAGACCUCAACACAGUCACUUCGUGAUGAUAACCAUGAAGCGCUCGGAAAGGUCUAGUGUUGUGCAGUCUGAAAUGGUCCGUGUCACAGGCAUGGAACGAUGGAAGGAAGGCAGAUGGUGGCGGGAAUUCCUCGACGAGCGACGCACAUUCUUCAAUAAGAUCAAUAUUUCGGCGAAACCUAAAGAAACCGAACGCGAUGCACUCGGAGUAUCUUUCAAAGACUGGGUGAAGGCAUCUCAGGAGUGGUGGGGCGGUGACUGGGUUGACCAGAGUGGGCUAGCAGAAUGGCAUGUCAGUCAAUAUUUGCGGGCCAGAAAAGUAUCCGAAUCAAGCUAUCAGCCAAUAGGUAGUAUCGCGGAAGCCAACGAUGCUGAAGAAACGAGCGUGCCACCAUUCGAUCCUGUUCGUGAUAUCUAAGACAUUAGAUAGCGGUAGGUAUAUGAGUAUGCAAUCAAGAAUGGUCAAGCAUAGCGUAGGCUUGGUAGUCCUCUGGGUGCAGAAUUCAUCACCUUUUCCCCUCACAUAUUAUCCGCCGAGUCCCGUCUCCAACUGCACUGCUACAGGCAUCGCUACUUGAGUCCUUUAUUCUACAUUUCAUUCCACGUACAGGUUACUUGCCUAGGUUGCCUCUUGAAGCCACUGAAUACUUGUAGUAACCUCCACUCACAUCGUAAGUGGGCCCUAGCAGGCGUUGCUGAAGAACGGCCUCGGUCUCAAAAGCGGAAAUUCAGCAGGACCUAGCGCAGUAUUGGACGAAGGAAC